CCGAAUCUCAAGACAGUUGCAAUCCAACGGUCUAGAAGUGUUUCUCUACAGCAUUCGGCAAUCAGCCCAAAGUACGACACUCAUUUCCCGCUCUUACUCAGGUGGCGAAAACAGAGCACAGAAUCGAAGCGAAGCGAAAGAGAUGUGUGGGAGGGCUCGUUGCACGCUCAGAGCAGAGGACAUUCCUAGGGCUUGCCACCGUAACGAUGGCCCCGUCCGUAUUGUUCACACGGACCGGUACCGUCCAUCCCACAAUGUUUCACCGGGACAUAAUCUGCCGGUUGUUUGUAGAGAAGACGGAUCUGAUGGUAAUGGUGUUGUUCUUCAUUGCAUGACAUGGGGACUGAUUCCCAGUUUCACGAAGAAAACUGAGAAGCCGGAUCACUACAAGAUGUUUAAUGCCCGAUCUGAGUCCAUACGUGAAAAGGCUUCUUUCCGUCGUUUAGUCCCUAAAAGUCGGUGCCUUGUGGCAGUAGAAGGAUUCUAUGAGUGGAAAAAAGAUGGGCCAAGAAAGCAGCCGUACUACAUCCAUUUUGAGGAUGGUCGGCCUCUUGUGUUUGCUGCUCUUUAUGAUUCAUGGAAAAAUUCAGAAGGCGAGAUAAUCUACUCCUUUACUAUUCUUACUACUUCUUCGUCUUCAGCUUUACAAUGGCUGCAUGACAGGAUGCCUGUUAUUUUGGGUGAUAAGGAAUCAACCGAUACAUGGCUAAAUGGUUCUUCAUCUUCCAAGUUUGAUAAUGUGCUUAAGCCAUAUGAAGAUCCAGAUUUAGUUUGGUACCCUGUAACUCCUGCAAUGGGUAAGACAUCUUUUGAUGGACCACAGUGCAUUAAAGAGAUACAACUGAAGGCUGAGGGAAACACUCCAAUCUCUAAGUUUUUCUCAACAAAGAGAACUAGAAGAGAACAAGAAUCAGACUUAGAGGCGAAAAACUCUUAUGCUGAAUCUUUGAAGACCGAUUUAUCAAAAAGCUUGAAAAAAGAGCCUAGUACUGAGGACAACACGCCAAUGUUAUCCUUUACUGAAGGAGGCCAAGACUCAAAAUCUACUAUUACACAAUCUCAAGACAGUACAGCUAAGUGCCAAAUGAAGUGUGACUAUGGGGAGUUUCAAGCUGAUUCAGAGCCAGUAACUGAUGAAACUAUCAAGCUGUGCUCAACUCCAGCAAGGAAGAAGAGGAACCUGAAGAGUGCUAGCGAUAAACAACCCACCCUGUUCUCCUACUUUGGGAAAAGCUAGUGGUUUUGUGCCUCUAGGUUCCCUGUGCAUAUGCUGGAACAUGUACAUGAGUGUUAUGGAUUUUGUUCUACUUUUGGAAGAUAGAGAUGGCAAUUUUCUUAAAAGCUA